UUUUUUCUCCUCCCCAUAGUGCCUUCUACUGCUCCAGCCAUGGGUCAGUCCCUCUCUUCCACAACCUCUUAUACAAAGGGUAGUGAUUUGGCCUCCGGCUUUGACAAGUUUUUUAAGAACUUCAAGCCAGAAAGCAAAAUCCUCUCUCAGGAAACCAUCGCAUUGAUUGAAACACACCUGAAGGCGGGGGACAUUCCCAGAUUGGCUUCUGUAAUUAGUGAUGCAUUGAGAGACAUUGACAAUGCCCCUCUAAACAUUGCUGUGACCGGGGAGCCUGGAACAGGGAAGUCCAGUUUCAUAAAUGCCCUGCGGGGGGUGAGGCACGAUGAAGAAGGGGCUGCCCCCACCGGGGCAGUGGAGACAACCUUGGAGAGAAUAGCAUACAAACACCCAAAACUUCCCAGUGUGACAUUUUGGGAUCUUCCUGGUAUGAUGACCACUACCUUUCAGCCACAGAAGUAUCUGAAGAAGAUGAAAUUUGGUGAGUAUGACUUCUUUAUUAUCAUCUCUUCUACACGCUUCAAAAUUAGUGAUGCUCAUCUGGCUGAAGCAAUUAGAAAAAUGAAGAAGAAUUUCUACUUUGUUCGAACUAAAGUGGACAGUGAUUUACAUAGUGCAAAAAUAAGUAAACCCAGCACAUUCAAUAAGGAUGAAAUCCUGCAAAGGAUCCGCAGUGACUGUGUGACUCAGUUGGAGAAUGCUAAUAUGGGUGACACUCAGGUCUUCUUAAUCUCCAGCUUUGAUUUGUCUGAUUAUGACUUCCCACACCUGGAGACCACCUUUCUGAGGGAGCUCCCAGCCCACAAGCGCCACAUCUUCAUGCAAUACCUGCCGAAUAUUACCGAGGCCGCCAUUGACCGGAAGAGGGAUUCCCUGAAACAGAAGGUCUGGCUGGAGGCCCUGAAGGCUGGAGCAUCAGCCACCAUCCCUUUCAUGGGUUUUAUCAGUGAUAAUGAUGUGGAGAAGCUGGAGGAGACUUUAACCCUCUACAGGUCUUACUUUGGGCUGGAUGAUGCAUCCCUGGAAACUAUAGCCAAGGACUUGCAUGUGUCAGCGGAGAAAGUCAAGGAAAACCUCACCUCUCCCCAUUUGCUAUCAGCUGAGAAGGGUGAUGAGUCAUUAGGAGAAAAACUGUUGAGAUAUAUGGAAAACUUCUGUGCUGUUACUGGAGGACCCAUUGCCAGUGGUAUUUACUUUAGGAAGAUAUUCUACUUGCAAAAUUAUUUCCUUGAGUCCGUGGUGAAUGAUGCGAAAGUUCUUCUUAAAAAACAAGAUAUUUUUAAGGACCCUGUUGAAUCUGGGCAAUCCUAUCUACCUCAGGAUGUCAGGAAUGAAAAUGGGGAAAAUGAGGCAGCCAGAUCCUGAAUUAUUCUCAGUAUUGGCAUGGCACGGGGACCUGGAAGGAUGACUUAAGACUUCCCUGAAGCAAUCCUGACCCACUCCCCUCAAGGUGUUUCACCGACGUUUCCAUAAUUCACUCUGGAGCAAACCAUGAACUUAAUGACUGUUAUUUGACAGUGAGAACAAUCAGCUCUAAAGAUUCUUUUCAUAUGAUCUUUCCUGGGAAAAUGAAUGACAGGAGUCUGGAAUUUUCUGCUGAGUUGAGAGAAUAUCUCUUUGUGUGUUGGUUACUACAUACCCAGCGCUGGUCUUUCUACUGACAUAGUAAUGAGAAAAGGCUGUUCACACAGAUCUUCAGAAAUUAUUUUUUAAAUGAUCGCAUACAUAGUCUAUUUUUGGCAUUCCUGUUAUUCUGUUGUGAAGGCAGAAAUUCUGCUCAGUUAAUGUUGACUGAUAUCCUACUUGUCCUUUCUAGGAUUAUCAUUAUAU